UAGGUGGCAUGCUGUUGCUGCAUGGACAUGGGAUGCUCAGGAUGAAACAUGUGGCAUUUGGAGGAUGGCAUUUGAUGGUUGUUGUCCUGAUUGUAAGCUCCCUGGGGAUGAUUGCCCACUAAAAGUGGCUCGAAUGUUGUCUGUAUCCACAUAUGGUCAUGCCUUUUUUCAAGCGUAAUUAAUUUGAGAUCUGUGGUGCUUGCGGUGAUCUGUGCUCAAAUAUCUCAUUGUGUUAUGGUAUAUUGUAUCAAUUGAUUAUUAAUUUUCAAGCAUCAAGAUUUGGGUUUUCUUUCUUUUCUCCUACUAAAUACCUAAAAUAUGAUUCAGAUAAAUAUGCCGACAUGUUAUAAAAUCACAACUACCAUGAUAUGUUUCCCAACAAACUGUGAUAUCCUAUAUUUUGGGGACUGGAAGAAUAGAUUUAUGAUAAAAAUAAAAAAUAAAAAAAAGGCCAACUAAAUUACUUAUUACUCAAGCAGUUUGUCUCUUUUUUUUUCCCUUUUUUUUUGCGGUUUAACCUUUAUUCUGUGUUGAACCUAAAGAGUGAGGCAUUAAGGGAUUCCAGAUCUAAGAUUCAAUAGCAACUUCUAGUUUCAAUAGUACAGGACAAAUGCCAGUGGGUAGCUUAAUACGUUUCAAUGGUAGACUCUAAACUCUAGUCUGAUGUAGGACAAAGAAAGGGAGAGUGAGGGUGGUUAUGCUUAGAAAGUUAAAUAAUUAGAAAUAGAGUAGUUUUAGAAGAAAGAUACCUAUAGCUGCUCUAGUUUCAGAGAACAUGGGUAAUAGAGGAAAAUGGUGGAGAGGAGAUACCAAGGCAUCCAGCCUUCAAUAACACUCAAUUUUUGUUCAUUCCAAUCUGAUUUGGCUUACAAGAGACAGCCUUAUUUUAAGCUUCGGUUACAUCUGCCUUAGACUCCUAAAACACCAAAAUACUUUAGUAGCGGCAUCAUAUAUACAUAUUUGCUUGACUGGUUUAUGUUUUACAUGCUAGAUGUCUGAUUAUGUUUGUUUAUUGCUAUAUUUGUGUUUCUCAUCAACUUUAGUCCAAGGUUGAAGUCUUUCAACUAGGUUUCCUAAGCUAGUAAUGCUUUAUGAGCGAGUUUUCUGGUGCUGAAGGCUCCAAAAGCUCCUUGCACAUGAAAUUAGACAUCAGAAACCGCAUGAAAUGAUAACAACAUAAGAUCCUAUGUUAACCCCCGCCUGAUUGUACGCCUUCAACACCUGAUUUUUUUAGGUCAAACUAAUGGCUUUCUUACUGAAUGAUCUCAAAUGGUUUGAGUAUUUGAACAAUCUGAAAAGCAGUGGCUUUCCUCAUGUUCAGUUCAGUAGUAAUAUGCACUAUCUUCCUUUUGUUUAUCCUAUUUUGUAAUUAUAACUUUGAGCUACUAAACAUUCUGGGAGGUAGUCUUCAUCACCUGACUUCCUUGGGUCAAAUUGACAAGCUCUCCUACUGAAAGGCCAAUGUUAGAGAAAUGUCUAAAAAAAAUGGCCUAGUUUCUCUACAAGAAAAACUUCUUUCCAAAAUCCUGAUGGCAAAAAUAGAAAAUAUAGAGGAUGAAUACACAGGAGCUGCUAUGGUAGAAAGGCGGUUGUGUAUAAUAAAGGUGCUUGUUGUUAUUGAUGAUGUGGAUGAGUUGACACAAUUAGGGAAAUUGGCUGGAAGUCGCAGCUGGUUUGGUCCAGGGACUAGAAUUAUCAUAACCACCACAGAUAAUCAGUUGUUAAAGGCACAUGAUGUUGAUGCUACAUACAAGGCUAAUGGGUUAAACUGUGGUGAAGCACUUCAACUUUUGAGUUUGAAGGCUUUUAAGAGAUGUCCCCCACCAGAAGAUUAUUUGGAUCUGUGCUACCAUAUUUUAGGGUAUGCUAAGGGGCUUCUGUUGGCUCUCGUGGUUUUAGGUUCUUUUCUGUUUGGUAGAAGCGCUGAUGAAUGGGCAAGUGCAAUAGAUAGGCUAAAGAACACACCCCAUAAACAUAUUAUUGAGGUGCUUCGGAUUAGUUUUGAUGGACUGGAUGAAAAAGACAAAGAAAUAUUCCUACAUAUCGCUUGCUUUUACAAGGGGAAGGAUAAGGAUCGUGUGACAAAUACUAGACUAUUGCCAGCUAAACCCUGUCAUUGGUUUAAGUGUUCUUGCUGAUAGAUCUCUCAUAACUAUCUCGAACAACGAACUGUUGAUGCAUGAUUUGCUACAAGAAACGGGCUGGGAAAUUGUUCGUGAGCAGUCUUCUAAAGAGCCAGGCAAACGUAGUAGAUUAUGGUCUCAUGAAGAGAUCAACGAUGUGCUGACGAGAAAUACGGGAACAGAUUCAAUCCAAGGCAUGGUAAUGGAGUUGACUAAAUUACAAGUGGCUCAUUGGAAGCCAGAAGCCUUUUCAAAUUUGUCUCAACUUAGUCUUCUCCAUAUUCGUAAUGUGGACCUUCCAAAAGGCCUCACUUGUCUUUCUAAUUCCUUGAGACUCCUCGAAUGGACUGGGUGUCCCUUAAGAUCUCUCCCAAAAAAAUUUAAAGCACGUGAACUUAUUGAACUUAAUUUGUGCCACAGCAACAUUAAACAGCUUUGGAAGGGAACAAAGAAUUUCGACAAGUUGAAGUUCAUCAAACUCUGCCAUUCUCAAAACAUUGUGGAGGCCCCAGACUUCGCAGGUGUUCAGAAUCUUGAGACUUUAGAUCUUGUAGGAUGUUCUCAUUUGGUAAGAAUCCAUCAAUCCCUUGGAUUUCUCAAAAAGCUUAUUUUCCUGAAUCUUAAAGACUGCAAAAGUCUCAAGAGUCUGCCAAGUAGAAUUGAAAUGGAAUCUCUUGAAACAUUGAUUCUUUCUAACUGCUCAAAACUUAAGAAGAUUCCCAAGUUUGUUGGAAAUAUGGAACGUUUGUCGGUGCUUUAUCUUGAUGGGACUGCCAUUAAGGAAGUGCCUGUUUCAAUCAAACAGCUGAGCGGCCUUGUGUCAUUGAAUCUAAGCAACUGCAGAAAUCUUGUUCGUCUCCCAAGCACCAUCAAUAAAUUGAAGUCUGUUGAAAAUCUUAAUCUUUCUGGAUGCUUGAAACUCGGCAAACAUCCGGUAAUGGGGGAGAUGGACUGUUUUGAGGAAAUUGAUGUGAAUAAUGGGUCUGCAAUAGAAUCAUCAGCUACGCAUGAUCUCAUAAGAUAUGUGAGAGGUUCCAUCUUUCAUGGAUGCGAGUUAGUUUGUGGAUCUUUACAUAAGUUCUUGCCUUCUGGAUUGGUGCAAAAAGUGCUGCAGAAAGUGAAUAAUGAGCCAAUGAGUUUCCGCUUGCCUAUAUCUGGUCUGUGUAAUUUAACAUAUCUGAACCUGAGUAACUGCAAUCUUGGUGAAGAAGCGUUUGCCAACGAAUUUGGUCACUUUCCCUCUUUGGUGACCUUGAAUCUAAGUGGAAACAAUUUUGUUCGUCUUCCUUCCAGCAUUGGAUUGCUUUCUAAGCUUGAGAACUUUAACUUGGAGAAUUGCAAGAGACUUCAAGAGUUGGCAGACCUUCCAUCAAAUAGUAUACUGGAUUUAAGGGCAGAUGGUUGUACUUCACUGAAAUACUUGUUUGAUGCAUCAAAUUUGAACAGAUUAAACAAAUCAUAUUUCAAUUUCAUCAAUUGCUUCAAUCUAAAUGGCAAUCAAGGAUGCAGUAACAUAGCAUUUGAAAUGCUGAAGACAUUCAUGUAUCAGGGAAUCUGUAAUAAGAGGGAAACUUUUCAAAUUGUAAUUCCUGGAAGUAAUAUUCAUGAGUGGUUCAGCCAUCAGUGUUGGGUGUUCAUUAAGUGUAGCUCUACCUGCACAUUGGAAUAAGAGUCAGUUUUUGGGAUUUGCUUUGUGUGUUGUUUUUAUACUCCAUGAGCACCAUCCGGUGGAUGAGCUUUAUAUAAAUGAAUUCAAGACUUUUAAUGCGACGCAUCAUCUUGUAUGUUGCCUGAAGCUCGAUGGAAGAGAAUUGGAAGUGUAUGGCAGACAGCCUGCAUUUCGCUUUAGUGAGGAAUUUUGCCAGGUUGAAUCAGAUCACCUGUGGCUAUUCUAUGUAUCUUGUGAUAAAUACUUUGGUACAGAGUGGUGGCAUAGUAGUUGCAGUCAGCUUGAGUUCUUAUUUGAAACCAGAGGGCUGGGUCUGAAGGUGAAGGAGUGUGGAGUUCGUCUGAUAUAUGAGCAAGAUGUGCAAGAGUUGAACCAAACAACCACUCAAUCAAGCAGUUGAGUGUCUCCAUAUGAGGAUAUAUUGAUUGGUUUUGACAUUCCAGUUGCAGGGGAAACCAGCGGCACUGGUAGCAGAACUUGCACGCUUGAAGAAUUGUAGGACUGGCAGAAAUAUUGGGGAUCCACCACUGGCCACUCUGAAAGACCACAAUUAAGGACUUUCUGAUCCCAUGGUUGGAAAUGAGUUGCAGAUCAUGAAUGGCCAAUGCCUGCUCUUCUCUCAUUUAAAUUUCUGCAGUGAUUACUUUCUGGAGCUCUCUUGCCUUCAUCUUUUACAGUUAGGUGCAAGGUAUUCCAUUUGAUAUAGAUAGCAAGGUUCGAGGCAGUACAUAAGUAUAAAGGUUACUUGAACUUUCCUUGAGUUGUGCGAAAAUCAUGAUUCUCUCUGUACCAGAAAACCGUUUACAGCGGUGAACAACUACAUUCCGCCGAUAUUCAUGAUUCUCUGCAGUUCCAGCUUCAGUAGAAGUUGAAGUCAUUUAUGGGUUCAUUUCAAGUAGCGAGGAAUCCAACUGCACUAACUACAAAUAUGCUGAUGAUGUUGACCGGGAUACUGAUGAUGAGCUUGAGAUGGAAAACUUCACUUUAUCUUCUUCAGCUAAUCCAGGCUCUGGGGAGGCUAGCUCAUCAUCAGGACCUUCCCAAACCAAGGUUUCUGAUCAUUUUAUCAGCAUGGGAUUUUCUCAUAAUAUGGUUGCCAAAGCCAUCCAAGAACAUGGCUCUUGAAAGUAGUCCUCCGGAGCAACAUUCUCUUCCAGAGCUGCAUUCUCCUCCAGAACAGUGCUGUCCUCAAGAACAGCAACUAGUUGACUCGGAUCUCUUUUCUUCAGAUUAUGAUGGGAGCUUUCUAGACAGUCUUUCAUACCUCUAUAGCUCUGAUGAUGAGGUAACCAUCGAUUGUACAUCUGAGGCAGAGACAAAACUUAUGUCCUCGGUUAAAAUGGGGUACAAUGAAUUGGACUAUAGGAGGCUUCAAUGGCAAUAGAGAGAUGCGGUAUUGACUCGUCACUUGUUGAUUUGACUGAUUUCAUAUCAGCUGCUCAAAUUUCAAAGGCAGAAGAUGGCCAUCUUCCCCUUGAAGAGAUGCGUACACAUCUGCGGAGUGAGUAUCCUGAGAAGAAUAAAUGGAAACUCUGUGAAUCUUCAUUGCUGAAAAGGAAAAGGAUUACGGGACAUGGAAACCAGAUCAUAGGGGAAGAUGCUGGUGCAAUUCAUCUCCCAAAUCCAAUGAAUGGGUUUGGGACUCCAGCUGAACUCUGUCAAAUCCACAGAAGUCUUCCAAAGGCGGCCACAGGACCUCCUUAGUUUUACUAUGAGAAUGUGGCAUUGACUCCUAAAGGAGUUUGGAGCACAAUAUCCUGCUUUUUGUAUGACUUGAAGCCUGAGUUUGUUGAUUCAGUUUUUGUGCUGCUGCAAGAAAAAGGGGUUAUGUUCACAAUUUUCCAAUCAAAAACAGAUUUCCUCUCGUUUCCCUUCCACCACAAACUAUAUUUGAUGCAUUUACCAUGACAAGGAGGUGGGUGGUGGCCUACUUAGGAUGAUCGGACAAAAAGCUAAAUUGCUUACAGGCUUGCAUUGCUAGUGCAACAAUUACUGAGAGGAUCCUGAAGGCUCUCAAAGACUGUGACGAAGAUGAAAUGCCACCUGAAAGUGUCCGUGGCUAUGUUCUUUAUGAAUGCCGCAAGUGGAAUCUUGUUUGGGUAGGAAAGAAAAAGGUGGCCCCACUUGAGCCUGAUCAAGUGGAAAUGCUUUUGGGGUUCCCAAGGGACCUGACAAGGGUAAUAAGCAGGACAGAUAGAUAUAAGUCACUCGGAAAUUCAUUCUAGAUUGAUACAGUGGCUUAUCACCUGUCAGUUUUGAAAGAUCGAUUUCCCAAUGGCAUCAAUGUCCUCUCUCUCUUCUCUGGGAUUGGUGGUGCAGAGAUAGCUCUUUACCGGCUUGGUAUCCCGAUGAAGAAUGUUAUGUCAGUGGAGAUUUCAGAGGUGGGCAGAAAUAUUUGUGAGGUGUUGGUGGGAGCAGACAAACCAGAGAGGGAACUUGUAUCACCUUGCUGAUGUGCAAGAGUUGAAUGCUGACUGCUUAGAGCAUUAUAUCAGUUCCUUUGGUGGGUUUGAUCUAGUGAUUUGUGGCGGUCCAUGUAACAAUCUUGCAGGUAGCAACAGGCACCAUCGGGAUGGGCUUGAGGGUAAAGAAUCUUCUCUUUUUUAUGACCCUUUUUGUAUAUUGGAUUUGGUCAAGGGUAUUAUGGCAAGAUACAAUUGAGUGUAUAUAUAACCCUUCAUUGAAUAGAAUGAACCAUUGGAUCUCUUUGUUUCUGACUAUUGAUCUUGGACUACUCUUUUUUCCAAAUGAUUUAGAAAUAUGCAAAGUGGUUCUUGUUAACUCUUCAUUAUCCGUGUGCUUUUUCUUUCUUUUUUUUGUUCCAAUGGUUUUGUCAUGGGACCUGUUAAGCUUAUGUUGAAUCUCUGUGUUGUGUCCUGCUUCAAUUCAGAAACCAACUUGUGCUACA